UGUUCUCUUCUCUUCCCCGAUCCCUCUCACCCAUCCCUCUUCACCCCCUCCCUUCUCUAUUCCCAAAUCAACCUUCACCCACCCCAACCCAAACUACGCCACCCUCGUCGCCUUCCUCACCAACUCACUGGAACCGAGCCCUCAACCUUUCCCUUUUCUCUUCCCUCAACGACUCUGCUCAUUUUCGGACUAGCGACAGAGAUAUGCGAUCACUCGAACGUGCAAUUUCACAUCCCUAACCCUAAUUUCUGAUUCCCCUUCUCGAUCUCUCCGAUUCGAUUCGAAUCGAGAGUAGCUGAAACGAUGCCGCAGCAAUGGGCGAUUUCAACCUCGCGCUUGUCAUCGUCGCCAUUGUUCUCUGCAUCAUCGUCUUCGUCUUCAAUGUCUACCUGCUCGUCAAUUACCAGCACCCCGACAGCCAGGUUGGACCUACAACUGGACUUCCCCUCACAAUCCGCCUGUGUCCCACACUCGGGCUCCUUUGGCGAUGCCCAUUGUAACUCCACUCCCGGUUCGGGCAACCAAUCAACGGGCAAACCCGAAUCCAAGUUCACAAAACUCGUGUACGCGCUGCAACCCGAGUCUCUGACCCGGAUCAUGUACGACGUCGACGACCCGCCCGCCCGAAACGUGCAUCAGAGCAAAUCCUUGCAAGAGCCCACCGAUCCGGUGCCAUUGAUGUACGUGUGGCAGAGGCUCGACGCCGUGCUCGUGUUUUUCAUCAUCCCCUUCGCUAUGUUCUAUUACGAAGGAGACCAGGACAAGAGUGUUGGAAAACUGGAGGAUAUCAAUGAUUUUGGUGGAUUCUCCGAAACGCAGAGCCGAUUUGACGGUUAUGGAGGGGGUGAAAAGGGAUGAGUGGGAGAGAUCGGGGAAGAGAAGAGAACAGUUUAUUUAUUUUUAAUUUUUUAAUUUUUUAAUACCACAUGGGCUCAUAUUGACACGUGACACCCAAUCAUUGUCCACGAGGGUGCCACAUCAUCA